AUGGGCGGCCAGUCCCAAAUUGUGACCAUCAACAGGCAAUGGCGUGUGGCAGUCAUUGAGCAAAGGAGCGUCAGCGGGUCCUGGAAAACCAUCUGGAACUACAACACGGGCAUCAUUGCAACCAAAGUCACGCAACAGAACACCUGCUACAUUUCCAUCAUGCACAGAAAUGAGAUGCCCCGCUUUGAUAAUCUGGCCCGCCUGGCACAGGAGAGCAGGAACCUGAUUGGUCUUGGAAGACCUACCAGGAAAUUCACCUUUGUCACUAAUGGACUGGUCAACAACCUCAACGCCUAUGGAAUAGACAUCACCGCUAUGUGCAGCGGACUCACCACCUACAUGGCUUACGAAGUUCACGCUUUCCAGGGACCCCAGGUGAAUCUGGGAUCAUGCAUUACCCUCGAUGUCCUGAGAGCUGUGGAGCUGAAGUACUGCAAUGGCAAUAACGGCAAUUCGAAUGGCAAUUGGUAUCCCAAUUGGAAUGGCAACAACGGCAAUUGGAAUGGCAAUUGGAAUGGCAAUUGGUAUCCCAACUGGAAUGGCAACAACGGCAAUUGGAAUGGCAGUUGGAAUGGCAUUUGGAAUGGCAAUUGGAAUGGCCAGAAUGGCAAUUGGAAUGGCCAGAAUGGCAAUUGGAAUGGCAACAACGGCAAUUGGAAUGGCCAGAAUGGCAUUUGGAAUGGCAAUGGCAAUUGGAAUGGCAAUUGGAAUGGCAACAACAACGGCAUUUGGAAUGGUAAUGAUAAUUGGAAUGGCAAUUGGAAUGGCAAUGCUAAUUGGACUGGCAUUUGGAAUGGCAGUUGGAAUGGCAAUUGGAAUGGCAAUGGCAACUGGAAUGGCAAUUGGAAUGGCAAUGCACAGACAGAUAACAACCAACAAAUCAUCAUUGGUGGAGAUUCCCAAAUCUCCAUCUCUGGUGGGGACUCUCAAAUCUCCAUCUCUGGUGUCUCACAAAGCAUCAGCAUCAAUAGUCAAACACAAAAGGCAAUUAUUGAACAAAAGAGCAACCAUUUGUCCUGGAAAACCAUCUGGAACUACAAUACGGGUGUCAUUGCAACAAAAGUGACACAAGAGAGAACAUGCUACAUUUCCACCAUGAACAGGAGUGAGAUGCCCACCUUUGCUGCACUUGUCAAAGUGGCUGCAGAGAGGAGGAACCUGUUUGGUCUUGGAAGACCUACCAGGAAGAUCACCUUUGUCACCAACGGAUUGGUCAACAACCUCAGCUCCUAUGGAAUAGACAUCACCGCUAUGUGCAGCGGACUCACCACCUACAUGGCUUACGAAGUUCACGGACCCCAAUACAAUCAACAAUCAUGCGUUGCACUUAACGUCUUGAGACUUGUGGAGCUGAAGUACUGCAAGGGCAAUGGACAGUUCUGA